GUCCUACGGUAUUUAAAAAGAGAGACCACGAUGUUUUAAAUGAAAGUCGCAGUUCUCCCUCCUUUCAUGCUUCUCGCAGGAGCCCUAAUCGGCGUUCUAGUCUCCUCUUCCUCCAUCGUUCACGGAAAGCAGGAGCCUCUGACCGACCCGGCCUCAGGAUGUUGUCACAUCCUAAAUGACCUUCUCCCAAACAAAGUCUCAUGGCCAGGUGAUCCAACCUACGACGCUCAACAAUCGUCCUACUAUUCCGCCAGUCAGAGAAAACUCCAACCACAAUGUCGCAUCUCACCAACGACUCCAGCCGACGUGUCAACGAUUAUGAAAACGACGUCCACACGUCAUAGAACCCCAAGAUGCAAGUUUGCUGUCAGAAGUGGUGGACAUAUGUCAUUCCAAGGGGCAUCGAAUAUAGAUGGGACCGGGUUUACGGUCGAUCUACAGAGUCUAGAGACGGGUAUAUCGUUGUCGGAGGAUAAAAAGACGGUGUCGUUCGGUGCGGGGUAUCGUUGGAGGGAUGUGUAUAGGGAGCUUGCAGUUUAUAAUUUGACUACUGUGGGUGGGAGAGUGGGAGAUGUAGGUGUAGGGGGUUUUUUACUUGGAGGCGGUAUUAGUUUCUUGACCCCCAAACACGGGUUUGGGAGCGACAAUAUUGUCAAUUACGAAAUCGUUCUCGCCAAUGGAAGCAUUGUGAAUGCGAACGUUAACGACCACGCUGACCUAUAUUGGGCUUUAAAGCUCGGUAGCACAAAUUUCGGUAUCGUCACGCGUUUCGAUAUGGCCACUUUCCCGCAGGGGCAGGCGUGGGGCGGGUCCCAAUUCUAUGCGAUAGACGACGCGCGAGCCUUGCUUGAAAAGCUCGUCACAUUCACGAAAAAUUUGGUGCAGGAUCCGAAAGGGUUCUUUGGCCUAACCCUGGUCUGGAACGCUGCUCAGCAGAACUACAUUGUCUGGACGCUUCAGACUUACCUAGACCCCAUCCCAUUUCCACCGAGUCUUUGGUCGAACUUUGAGGAAGUUAAACCGCUGAUUGAUACCACCGGAGUCAAGAGCUUGAUGGAUAUAACCGAGGAGUUCCAGGAAGCUGAUCCAGGGAAGCAUGGUCGGAGCUUGUGGUCGUCGAUGACCUAUAAAGCCAAUGUCCAAUUUCAUUUAGACCUCCAUCAGCGAGGGGUAGAACUUUUCGGGGCAUACCAAAACCGUCCUGGAGUCCUUUGGGGUGUUGGAGUACAACCUCUACCUCGUAACGUUUCGGAAGCAGCUUUGAAUUCGGGAGGAAGUCCACUAAACUUGUCGGGCGAUGAUGGGGAGCUUUGGGUGAUGAUCUUCACCAGUGACUGGCUUGAUCCAGCAGACGAUGAAGUCAUGAUAGAGAGCUCCCGCCAACUUAUACAUUGGGCAGAAACCGAAGCGACCCACCGCGGAUUGUUCCAUCCGUUCGUGUAUAUGAAUUAUGCCGCAGGAUUUGAAGACGUGAUGGUGCGUUCUACAGGGAAAAACUUGAAGAAGAUGAUGGAGGUGAAGAAAGUUUAUGAUCCUAAUGAUCUGUUGGAUGAAACUUGGAUGGGAGGAUUUAAAUUACCUCGAAAAAAGCAAGAGCAUGACAGAUCGGAGCUGUAA